AUGGGCAACGCGGGGAGCAUGGAUUCGCAGCAGACAGAUUUCAGGGCGCACAACGUGCCUUUGAAGCUGCCGAUGCCCGAGCCAGGUGAACUGGAGGAGCGAUUUGCCAUCGUGCUGAAUGCUAUGAACCUACCCCCUGACAAAGCCAGGUUACUGCGGCAGUAUGAUAAUGAGAAAAAGUGGGAACUGAUUUGUGAUCAGGAACGAUUCCAGGUGAAGAAUCCUCCCCAUACGUACAUUCAAAAGCUCAAAGGGUAUCUGGAUCCAGCUGUAACCAGGAAGAAAUUCAGACGGCGUGUUCAAGAAUCCACACAAGUGCUAAGAGAACUGGAAAUUUCUUUAAGAACCAACCAUAUUGGAUGGGUCAGAGAGUUUCUGAAUGAAGAAAACAGAGGUCUUGAUGUUCUAGUGGAAUAUCUAUCAUUUGCGCAGUACGCGGUGACUUUUGAUUUUGAAAGCGUGGAAAGCGCUGUGGAGAGCUCGGUGGACAAAUCAAAGCCCUGGAGUAGGUCCAUCGAGGAUCUGCACAGAGGGAGCAACCUGCCCUCCCCCGUGGGCAACAGUGUGUCCCGCUCAGGAAGACAUUCUGCGCUGCGAUAUAAUACUUUGCCAAGCAGAAGAACCCUGAAAAAUUCAAGAUUAGUGAGUAAGAAAGAUGACGUACAUGUCUGUAUCAUGUGUUUACGUGCCAUCAUGAAUUACCAGUAUGGUUUCAACAUGGUCAUGUCUCAUCCACAUGCUGUCAAUGAGAUCGCACUGAGCUUGAACAACAAGAACCCAAGAACAAAAGCCCUUGUCUUAGAACUGUUGGCAGCUGUUUGUCUUGUCAGAGGCGGGCAUGAAAUCAUUUUAUCAGCAUUUGACAACUUUAAGGAGGUUUGUGGGGAAAAACAGCGCUUUGAGAAGUUGAUGGAACAUUUCAGGAAUGAAGACAAUAACAUAGAUUUUAUGGUGGCAUCUAUGCAGUUCAUUAACAUCGUAGUCCAUUCAGUAGAAGACAUGAAUUUCAGAGUUCACCUCCAGUAUGAAUUUACCAAGUUAGGCCUGGAUGAAUACUUGGAUAAACUGAAGCACACGGAGAGCGACAAGCUCCAGGUGCAGAUUCAAGCUUACCUGGACAACGUGUUCGAUGUGGGGGCUCUGCUGGAAGAUGCUGAAACCAAGAAUGCGGCCUUGGAGAGAGUGGAAGAGCUGGAAGAAAACAUUUCUCAUUUGUCUGAAAAACUGCAAGACACGGAAAAUGAAGCCAUGUCCAAGAUCGUGGAACUGGAAAAGCAGCUCAUGCAAAGGAACAAGGAGCUGGAUGUUGUUCGAGAAAUCUACAAAGAUGCAAAUACCCAGGUUCACACAUUAAGGAAAAUGGUCAAAGAAAAAGAAGAAGCCAUUCAAAGACAGUCUACCCUGGAAAAAAAGAUUCAUGAACUGGAGAAACAAGGGACCAUUAAGAUUCAGAAGAAGGGGGAUGGGGACAUUGCUAUUCUGCCAGUCGUGGCUUCUGGCACAUUGUCCACGGGGUCAGAAGUGGCAGUGGGUAACUUUGUGGGACCAGUAACGGGGGUCGCCCCCUCGGGACCCCUGCCCCCCCCUCCGCCCCCACUACCUCCAUCGUCAGACACACCUGAAGCAGUGCAAAAUGGUCCUGUAACGCCACCCAUGCCACCACCGCCCCCACCCCCAAAAANACCACCCCCUCCUCCUCCCUCUGCACCCCCGCUGCCUGGGACGUCCUCACCCACCGUGGUUUUCAACUCAGGAUUAGCAGCUGUGAAAAUUAAGAAGCCAAUCAAGACGAAAUUCAGGAUGCCGGUUUUUAACUGGGUUGCCCUGAAGCCAAAUCAGAUCAAUGGCACAGUCUUCAACGAAAUUGAUGACGAGCGAAUUCUAGAGGACUUAAAUGUGGAUGAAUUUGAGGAAAUAUUUAAGACAAAAGCCCAAGGUCCUGCCAUUGAUCUUUCUUCAAGCAAACAGAAGAUAACACAGAAGGGGUCCAACAAAGUGACAUUGCUAGAAGCAAAUAGAGCCAAAAACCUUGCCAUAACUUUAAGGAAAGCUGGAAAGACUGCCGAUGAGAUAUGUAAAGCUAUACAUGUAUUUGACUUGAAGACAUUGCCUGUAGACUUUGUAGAAUGUUUGAUGAGGUUCUUGCCAACUGAGAACGAGGUGAAAGUGUUUCGGCUCUAUGAGCGGGAAAGGAAGCCCCUGGAGAACUUGUCAGAUGAAGACCGGUUCAUGAUGCAGUUCAGUAAAAUUGAGAGACUCAUGCAGAAGAUGACCAUCAUGGCCUUCAUUGGGAACUUUGCGGAAAGCAUUCAGAUGCUGACUCCUCAACUGCACUCAAUUAUAGCAGCAUCUGUCUCUAUAAAGUCAUCCCAAAAACUCAAGAAAAUUCUGGAGAUCAUCUUGGCCCUUGGAAACUAUAUGAAUAGCAGUAAACGAGGAGCAGUUUAUGGAUUUAAACUUCAGAGUUUAGAUCUGCUCUUAGAUACCAAGUCAACAGAUCGAAAGCAAACACUGUUGCACUACAUUUCAAAUGUGGUAAAAGAGAAAUAUCACCAAGUGUCCCUGUUUUAUAACGAGCUUCACUAUGUGGAGAAAGCUGCGGCAGUCUCCCUCGAGAAUGUUUUACUGGACGUCAAGGAACUCCAGAGGGGCAUGGACUUAACCAAGAGGGAGUACACCAUGCAUGACCACAACACGCUGCUGAAGGAGUUCAUCCUCAACAAUGAGGGGAAGCUGAAGCAGCUGCAAGAUGAUGCCAAGAUUGCACAGGACGCUUUUGAUGAUGUGGUCAAGUAUUUUGGAGAAAACCCUAAGACGACACCACCCUCUGUCUUCUUUCCCGUCUUUGUCCGGUUUGUGAAAGCCUAUAAGCAAGCAGAAGAGGAAAAUGAGCUGAGGAGAAAGCAGGAACAAGCACUCAUGGAAAAGCUCCUGGAGCAGGAAGCGCUGAUGGAGCAGCAGGACCCAAAGUCUCCUUCCCACAAAUCAAAGAGACAGCAGCAAGAAUUAAUCGCAGAAUUAAGAAGGCGACAAGUGAAAGAUAACAGACAUGUAUACGAAGGAAAAGAUGGUGCCAUUGAAGACAUUAUCACAGCCUUAAAGAAGAAUAAUAUCACUAAAUUUCCAAAUGUUCACUCGAGGAUCUUAGAAACCAACCAUACAGACGAGCCGAUGCGGUGAGGAGAAGUGUCAGGCGGCGCUUUGAUGAUCAGAACUUGCGUUCUGUUAAUGGUGCCGAGAUAACCAUGUGAACUCGAGACCUGCCUGUAUGAGUAGAGAGUAUGCGUGAAUGAAACUUUCCACAAAAACUUUAUGUGCUACCAUUUAACUGCAACCUUGAAGAUUGAUAAAAUAUUCUAAGGGCUCAGAUUUAGCAAACACAUAGGCUCUCCUUUCAACCUUUGUUAACAAGUGCCUAAAAGUGGAAGUACCUGCUCAGAUUAAUCAAAGCAAUAGGGUUUGAUUUGAUUAGGUAUCUUUUUACACCAGUAUAUUAUCCAAGUUUUUAACCAAAAUGUAAAUUUCUUAUUACGCUCAUUAUCUGCCAUUGUGAUUAUCCCAUGAUGGCACACCCUGGUUUCCUGAUAAGUUGUAAAUAACAUGGAUGCAUCUGCUGUGGGUUUCCUUUGCUGAGAUGUCUUUUAAGGAAUUGAUUUUGUGUUUUAGACAUACCCAUCAACUUUGUAUUUUUAAGGGCUUGCAACAUGGAAGAAGGAAAAAGUCACAUGAUAGGCUCCUGUCCAUAACCAAGCCCCAGCAAAGUACAAACAGGAUGCAUUGCAGUGGCACAGAAGUCACUGAACUCUGUCUCGUUUUACAUUUUACACUGCUGUGCUAGGGUAUGAUGCCCAGUGAAGAGUUCACCAAUAUGAAUGCAAGGAUAUGAUGGCAUACAAAUUGUGUUAAGAUUUUUUUUUUGCAGUACUGUGUUCUUCAGCUAGAGGCAGCUUUUAAAAUAAUGCAAAUGUAUUUAUUAAUUAGCACUAAAAUUAACAUCUCAGUAAUCAGUAUUAGGAUUUCUGAGGACCAUUAUGGCCUAUCCUGAGGACAGAUAUUGGUGCCUUGCUAGCCAGGGAGAAGUUCACUAGCUCUGUCAAGCAUUCAAGAUUACUUCUGCUAGCUGGUAAUGAUAGUUAACCUAGCCUUAUUCUCCUGACAAUCGCAGGUUUUUUCCCCCUUCUUCCUCCUCCUCUUGUAAAUCGGAGAUGUAUUUGGCAUCAUUGCUUUAUGGGGAAUUGCAAUUAAAUUGCUUGAAAUUUACAUUGGGAUUAAGCUUAAAUGAUACAUAAUGAAACUAAAUGGCCAACUAAGCCACUGUUACUAUUCUUUCCUCUCUGGCAGGGCACUUGAUCCAUUCCAAAGUAAAAAACUGGACUAGAACGGAUUUGUACUUUUCAUAAUAUACAUUCUGCUUCUGGCUUACCUUCUUGGUACAUUACAUCAAUAUAUUAAUUGUAAAGUUUAUUGUAUAGUAUUUAACCACUGAAUUUCUUAUUUUAUGUUGUGCUUAUGUGAACUCCUUGGUGAUGGUUCCAUUUUCCUUGGAUAAUGUGUAGUUAUAUGAUCUCUUUUUAAAUGUACAGAUAUUUUGCUAUAAAAUUGGUGCAGUUUUUUAUGGUUUUUACACUUUAAUUCCCACCUAAGCCUCUGGGUAAUAUUGUAAAUAUUGUUUAAAAAUGCAUCAGCCUGUGCUAUACAAUCUGAAUGUUAUUUUAACUUAUAGUUUUUUUUUAAUAUAUAUAUUUAACUACGAGGACAGUUUAGGGAUCAGUUACCACAUUUCACUUUAGCAUACCUAUUUACAAAAAAUUACUUUUAAAACUGCCACCUGCUAGCACAUUUUCAUGAAUGUGUACUUUAAAAAGAACAUGCCAAGAUUUUGUCUGUUAACAUUUUGAUGAAAAAAGCAAUUUGACCAUGAUACAAGUAGUUGGCCGUUUAUGACAAGGAGCUCUUUUCCAAAGCUCAAUGCUAGUAAGCAUAUAUUAAAAUAAUUGCCUAUUUAUUAAUCUAUAAAUAGACGAUAAUGUUGGCAUGUUCUUUUGUUUAUUAAUGGGCUUGCUUCUUAGCAAUAUUAGAAAUGUUUUAUAAAAAAGCAGUUCAUGUUACUUUUCUGGUCUUUUCAUGACAUGAGCAAAUAAACUAUUUACACUACUA